CCGCUGUCUCGCGCUUCAUCAGCGAAAUGACACAUUUUAGGAAGUGGUUUCAGCGAGAGGAACAGCUGCAUUUUGACAGAAAGGGACAUAAAAUCUCAGCUGAUCCGGUGGAUAAUGGGAAGAAUCACAGCGUGCAUCUGGAGACAUGCCGUCCACUUUCUUUGAUGUGCUGUGCAUUUGUCCAAUAAAGCACGCAGACAAACUGACACAUGCACACAGAGCACUUGUUGGUUGUGUUUCCCGUGUGGGGAAAGAGGAGGCCAACCGAAGCCAAAACAGACAGCACCUCCCAAAGGUCGAUGAGUGACAUUUAAAGCAGAGGAAUAAACGUAAUCCCUUCGUGGUCUCUCUUCUCCUUGAGCGAUGGACCAGCCUCUUCUGGGACGAGUAUCAGCUGUCAGCCGGGCCUGCUGCUCCUACAGCACCCUGAAGACCUGGCUGCCCAUCCUCUCCUGGUUGCCUAGGUACAAGCUGAAGUGGCUUCAGAUGGACCUGCUCGCAGGCCUCACCGUCGGGCUGACGACUGUACCGCAGGCGCUGGCUUAUGCUGAAGUGGCCGGCCUUCCAGUGCAGUACGGACUAUACUCUGCCUUCAUGGGGGGCUUUAUCUACGCCCUCCUGGGGACCUCUAAGGAUGUGACGCUGGGUCCCACGGCCAUCAUGUCCCUCCUGUGUUUCUCCGUGGUGGGAGGGCAGCCACACCGGGCUGUGCUGCUUAGCCUCCUCUGUGGACUCAUCCAGGCUGUAAUGGCAUUACUGAGAUUAGGUUUCCUGCUGGACUUCAUCUCUUUCCCUGUAAUAAAGGGCUUCACUUGUGCUGCUGCGGUAACCAUUGGCUUUGGCCAGGUCAAGAAUAUUCUGGGACUCCAGGGCAUUCCCCACGAGUUCUUCCUGGAGGUUUAUUACACCUUCUACAAGAUCCCAGAAGCCAGGAUAGGUGAUGUGGUACUGGGCCUUCUAUGUCUCGCUCUGCUGGUCAUGUUGUUGUAUAUGAAGACGAAUCUGGGCUCCGACGACACUCCUGGCUCCACCUACUCCAGACUCGCCAGGAAACUAGUGUGGACUGUUGCUACCAUGCGUAACGCUCUGGUGGUCGUGGCUGCUUCCUUCGUUGCAUUUUCCUGGGAUGCUUAUGGUCACCACGUGUUUACAAUCACUGGGAAAACUUCCCAGGGGCUUCCACCGUUCAGACCCCCACCCACCUCAGACACCACAGCCAACGGCAGCAUUGUCUCCUUUGGAGAGAUUGUAGAGGGCUUUGGAGGAGGGCUUGCUGUGAUUCCCUUCAUGGGUCUGUUGGAGAGCAUUGCUAUUGCUAAAGCUUUUGCCAGCCAGAACGACUACAGAAUUGAUGCCAACCAGGAACUGCUGGCUAUAGGUGUGACCAACAUAAUGGGUUCCUUUGUGUCAGCCUACCCUGUGACUGGCAGCUUUGGGAGGACAGCGGUGAACUCUCAGACUGGUGUUUGCACUCCAGCUGGAGGGAUCGUCACCAGUGUGAUAGUGUUGCUUUCCCUGGCGUUCCUCAUGCCAGCCUUCUACUACAUCCCCAAAGCUUCUCUAGCUGCUGUUAUCAUCUGUGCGGUAGCUCCCAUGGUGGAUUACCAUGUUGUGGCUAAGAUUUGGAGGAUACGCAAGCUGGACCUGCUGCCUUUCACUGUGACAUUCCUGAUGAGUUUUUGGCAGGUGCAGUACGGCAUUGUAGGUGGUGUAGCUGUAUCUGGAGCCUUGCUGUUGUACAACAUGGCAAGACCACAGAUAAAGGUGUCUGAUCACGGUGUGCUGGUGAUGGAGUUGGGCAGUGGUCUCAGCUUUCCUGCCACAGAGUACCUCAGCAGCAUCAUACACACUCAGGCUCUGCAGGUGUCUCCUCCACGGUCAGUGGUCCUGGAUUGCCACCAUGUCAGCAUCAUAGAUUACUCAGUGAUCAGUGAGCUCAGUGACCUGCUGAGGCAGUUCAAACUACGUGAAGUGCGACUGGUCUUUUCCAGAUUGCAGCCCUCUGUUCUGGAGGUUCUACUAGCAGCUGAUCUGCAGGGCCUCAGGUAUACGGACAGUGUGGAGGCAGCACUGCAGAUGGAGUCGGGAGCAUCCUCAAUGACUGACAACAAAAACAGUCCAAUCACAGACUGAAGAGGAUGUUUGAGGCAGGGCAGAGGCAAUGCAGCGACAACACUGAUCAGUGACAUUUCUGAUCUGGGGUUAUUGGGGCUGUUAUGAAGUUGAUAGUGAUGAACUACCUCCAACAACUGAUUUUCUGGCUGUAAGGUGUACGAUGACUGCCAGUGAUGCCCCUCUUUUUCCUGUCAUAGGAAAGUGUUGCACUGAACUUUACAUGUUAAACUUGACUUUGGAAAUUAUUGUGGAAUCUCAACACUACAAUACCAUCACACAACAACAUUGGACCAGAACCUUAAUACUGGGUUUUAUAGCAUUUUGUAUGCUUUUGAAGGACAUUACAUGUAUAUAUAUAUUUUUUUUUUAACUAACAAAUAAUAUUUUAAGGCUGAAGCUAAUACACAAGCUUUCAGAGACCAAAUCUGAAUUUACAGAAUAGAGCAAAGCACAUUUUAUUUAUCUAUAUAAAAGGAAAUGACAGGUGAUUGAUUUAUCUUAUUUUUAUGUUGUAAAGAAAUGUUGAAAGGCAGUAGCAAAAUGUAUGUAUUUUUUUUGUUUGUGUGUCUGUGCAUGCAGAAAUGUUUGUGACAUAGUAAAGUCAUACACAUAUAUCAAAAUAUAAUUAGUUACAUUGUCAUAAAAUUAAGUAUACACAUUCAUGCUCUCAAGGGAAAGACUUCAAAAUUAUAUUUGACCAAACAGCUGCAAAAACACAUCACAGCGCCAUUUUCUAGAAACUAGAUUAAAAUAACCAUCAGCUGCUCAAUCUCAUACCUGCAAAAGCACCAUAAUCAUUUAAAUUAACUAUAAUGACAAGCAUGCCCAACUUCCACCUUACACCACAGAAAAUUCCUGAAUAUUACAAUUUGUUGCAGUGACUUCUUACAGUCACUCAGAGCUUACUGCAGAUUCAGAUAAUUAUAAAAUAAGAAUCAAAUGAUUUAAUGUAUUAUUAUAGAUUAAGUUACCCAGCAAGAGAUUAAAAUGAGCCUCACCUUCACCAGCUGCAUCAAUCAUUACAAUCCAGUAAUAUAACUGUAGAGGAAAAUUAUUACCAUUUAGUAAUUUUCUGUAUUAACUUGUGUAUGAACCGUAAAUCUCUGAGCUAAAUCUUUGUAUGUAACCACAUUAUGAAACAGGAGACUAUGACUGUCUGUAUUAAUCUUUGUAUGCAAUCUUUGUUGGUUAAACCACAACUCUGUGUGGUAUACUACUCUGUAAGGAAGCAGGCCUGGCUCCAUUUCCGGUUAAACUGUACCCGAACUCAAAGGCAAACCCCUAAUACUGUAGAUGACCUUUUCCGAGUACAACAACCACAUUAUGUGCCAAGACUGAAAUAUAGCCUAGCCUACACAUAAAACUUCAUUUGAACCUGCUCUUAGAAGUGCAUCUUUUACGACUUACUAAUGUCUAUGACCUAAUCUGUUCAUUAGAUGUAACUGUUGAUCUUUUGUUCUUAAGCAUAUAAAAAUCCUGGUGAUGAGACACUCGUCACUGAUUUCCUUGACAGUUUGCUGAUUGUCACUUUGCUGGUUUCGGUCCUUCUGUGCAGAAGCUGAAUAAAUAUACUAAGACAAA